AUGGGGAGCGAAGAAGAGAUCAAAGACUUACACUCAACAGGGAAAGCUACCAUUCUUGCUCUGGGCAAGGCCUUCCCUCAUCAGCUCGUCAUGCAGGACUUCCUCGUCGACGGCUACUUCCGCAACACCAACUGCGAUGAUCCCGACCUCAAGCAGAAGCUCGCCCGCCUCUGCAAGGCAACCACCGUCAAAACUCGCUACGUCGUCAUGUCCGAAGAGAUACUCACCAAGUACCCGGAGCUCGCCACCGAAGGCCACCCCACCGUCAAGCAACGCCUCGACAUCUGCAACGCCGCCGUCACCCAAAUGGCCAUCGAAGCCUCGCAGUCUUGCAUCAGGAGCUGGGGCAGGCCCGCUUCUGACAUCACACACUUAGUCUAUGUCUCCUCCAGCGAAGCUCGCCUUCCCGGCGGUGAUCUCUACCUCGCCAAAGGGCUCGGCCUCAGUCCCAGCACUCAGAGGGUCAUGCUCUACUUCUCCGGCUGCUCCGGCGGGGUCGCCGGUCUCCGAGUAGCCAAGGACAUCGCCGAGAACAAUCCAGGCAGCAGAGUGCUCCUCGCCACUUCCGAAACAACGAUUAUUGGAUUCAAGCCUCCCAGCGCCGACAGGCCCUAUGACCUAGUCGGGGUUGCACUGUUCGGAGAUGGUGCCGGAGCAAUGAUCGUCGGAUCGAACCCUGUCCUGAAACCUGCGGAAAGGCCUCUGUUCGAAUUGCACAUCGCGAUACAACAUUUCUUGCCUGAUACAGAGAAGGUUAUUGAUGGAAAGCUCACCGAAGAGGGCAUAAGCUUCAAGCUCGAACGGCAGCUACCUCAGAUAAUCGAAGACAACAUCCAGGACUUCUGCGUCGAGCUGAUGGGAUUCGCAGGCUUCACAAAGACGGAAUUCAACAAGCUGUUCUGGGCAGUACAUCCCGGCGGGCCUGCAAUUCUCAACCGGCUGGAGAAGAAGCUGGAACUCCUGCCGGAAAAGCUGAACGCCAGUCGCCGGGCACUGACCGACUACGGAAAUGCCAGCAGCAACACCAUCGUCUACGUCCUGGAAUACAUGCUGGAAGAAGCAAAGAGUGUUAGCAAUGGCAAGAAAGAUGGGAAUGAGUGGGGACUCAUCCUAGCAUUUGGCCCUGGAAUCACAUUUGAAGGCAUUCUUACAAGAAAUCUCACACUCUGA